CACUUUUGUUGCGGGAAAUACCACUGAAUUGCACGGAAACGAAGAUCCAGGCAGAAGUGGGUCGUGUAUCAUCGCUGGAAGUGUUACGAGUCCAUAUUGCUGAGUCGGGUCUUUACGCAUACGUCCAAAUGCGUAGCGCUGAUGACGCAGAGCGGCUUAUGUUAACGUUCAACAAAGCGCCGUUGCUGAUCGAUGGCUGUGCAGUGAUGGUUACAUAUUCGAGAUUACCGCUGAAUACGGUCUUAUCAACAACGGCAGCAGCAGAAUCAAUGCAGAAGGCGGCGGAACGGAUCAGCCAAAUGCCUGCGUUCAAACCUCAGGCUGGAUCAAGUGGCAAUGCUGGCGUGGAAGCAGCUCAGUUGGCCAUAGCGAAAGCACAGCUCAUACGUCAGAUGACCAGUUCCAUUAUCAACAACGAGAAGGUCAGUGGCAAUGCUGGCGUGGAAGCAGCUCAGUUGGCCAUAGCGAAAGCACAGCUCAUACGCCAGAUGACCAGUUCCAUUAUCAACAACGAGAAGGUGUCGCCGCAAUAUGCCGGAGUUUCAGUUCGAGUAAUGUUAAACCGGCGACCAUUACAAAUGGCACAAGCGACUAAUUUUGUUGUCUUCGAUUAUUUCAAAGAUAGGGAGCCACCUCUUGAACAGUGGAACUACGAUUCGGAAGAUCCAGCCGAUAGAGAGAAGCAGAGGACGAUGUCGUCGUCGUACACGGGACCGCAGAUCAAAGGAGCUGCGGAUUUGGGUGAAGUGGAAACUCCUUGGGGACGUUACAAGAGAUAUCACGCUCCUAAUCCGACAAUUUAUCAGUACGAGCCGUCAUCUGGUUUGUAUUAUGACCCUAGCACUGGUCUCUAUUACGACAGCAAUUCGCAGUAUUAUUGGGAUACGAGCGCUCAGAAAUGGAACUGCUGGAAUGCUACCUAUCAGACGUACAUACCUUGCGAUGCAAUGACAGCGCAGUCUGAAAAAGGCCAAGAGACGAGCAAAGAUAAUGGAGGCCAAAAUAGCACUGGCGAAAAAACUGAUACCGUUAAGGAUGAACCGAAGAAAGAACCCCAAAAGACAGCAAAGGAUAUCGCUCGGGAAAUGGCGCGAUGGGCAAAGAGGCAGAGUAAAGUACUGUUGGCGGUUAAAGCACCUGCGAAGUUGGAAACCACUUCACCACUGGUGACGAAUUCGAAACCGAAAGCGAGUGUCGUUGAACCAACCGCCGAUAUCACCUUCAAAAUGCUUGAGAAGACGAAUAAUCCAUUUGGCUCACUGAGCGAUGAAGAUGAAGAGGAGGAGAUGCCUCCGCUAGCCAAGAUUGCAGCAGUGGGUGCCAGUCGGCCAGCACUGAACAGCAGACCUGCUGCUCGUCUUGAACCAAAUACGGCCAGUUUACCGCCGCCUGCCAUGGCCGAGCCGAAGAAUCUGGAGGCACAUUUGCUAGAGUCUUCGUUUGGUGAGGGUGGAUCAGUGCCGCUAUUAUCCGCAACUACUUCUCAAACUACGUCGUUGAUGUCCAUGUCCCAGCCUUACAGAGAUCGUGCGAAAGAGCGCCGGAAUUUGUUUGGCUUGGAUCCAAGUGGAUUCACGAGCGACGUACCUGAGAUUGAGCCUGAUUAUGCAGUAAGGUCAUCAGACAUUCCAAUCGAUGAAACGAACAUUGGCAGCAAAUUGCUGAAAUCGAUGGGUUGGCAGGAGGGUACUGGAAUUGGCAAAAAUAAUCAAGGUAUUUAUCUCUCUGCUUCAUAA